GUUGCUGAGGGGGACUGUGUGAGUGUGUGUGCGUGUGUGUGCGUGUGUGUGUGUGUGUCUGUGUACACGCAGAAUAGCCCAAUGACGUUGUAAAUUUGUGCUCAUCCAGGAACAGAAGUCCUCCAGCAGCAUCCCGUGAGCGAGACAGAGGAGCAGAAUGUCAGCCCAUCCCAGCAGCUGAGCUUUGCUGUAGGAUACGCAACUACACAAGAGCUCUCAUAGCAGAGGUGAGCUAGGUUAAUGCUUUCUAUAAAGAAUGUAAGUACUUCUUUUCACACGGUUUUCUUGAUCAGGAAUUGUGUGUAUUGAAUACAAGGUUAUGUAUCUCUGCGUAGCCAAGGAAAUGUUGAUGAGCAUGAACCAUUUCUGUUGUUUUAGCCCUGCAGUGAAAGUAAGCUUUUAUUUGCUGAUAUGUGCACACAGGUCAGAUUCGUCCCCUCCCAUCUCUAUGUUGAUUUGUUUGCUAUUGCCAUUCCCUGCCUGUCAGCUACUUAGCAGCCCUGCCUCCCCCUAAUUCUUAUAGAUGGGAUAAUGUGUGUGUGUGUGUGUGUGUGUGUGUGUGCGGGGGGGGGGGGUAGUUUUAUUGCUAUUAGCAUCAUAUCUCCAUCACAGACUUCUGAAAGUGAGGCCCUUAUGUUCAUAUAGACAGUGUCAGUGGACUAGACAGUCAGAUUACAAUGAUUUCUUAAGACAGAUGUUUGCUAUAAAGUUUUAGUCCUGUCUUGUGUUUAUUCUGUAUUUAGUGACUGUUUAGUCCCCAAAAAGGAGCAAAAGCUGUCACUGGGGCGGUAUCUUUUCACAAGGUAACUUUACAGUACUAAUAGGUACCUUUUAGGGAUAAAUAAGGCAUGAAAAUGUCCUCUUUUUUUCUGAGCGUGUAAAGAGGCUUGGUUAAUGGAUCAGAGGUUUAAACUUAACCACAGGGGAGAUGAACCUUUUUCAACCAUCUCUCCUAAUCGCAAUUCCUCUCAGCAAACUAUUCCAUCAGUGUAAAAAUACAGCGGUAAAAACCUGUUAAUUGGUAAGUUAUUUGGUUAAGAACUAUAAUAGAUGGAAUUGGGCAUUUUGUGUAAUUUUACAGCAAAAUACUACAUAUAAAAUACAGUUGUUCGAAGACAAAGAAGAACUCAUCUCAAAAUUUCAUUGAAAACUGUUUCUACUGAUUUCCUUAUCAAUUGUGUGAAUUAGGGGUUUUAUAUUACAUUUCAUUUUUUUUUAAAUAAGGAUUAUUGGUUUAUUUUAGUGUUUAAUACGAUGAUGGUGUUUUGUAUUUGUGUGCAUGACACUUUGUGCACCUUCUAAAUAUUAUUUACCUCAGCUUGUGGAGGACUUUAUUUUUAUAUCCUGUGCUUUUUAAAGGUGGUUGUCAGUAUAUUGUGAAGGUAAAUCAUAUUUUAGUAAUAUCUUAUAACAUUAUUUUAGUUUAUGUAAUAUACAUUAUUUUUACUGUAAAUUUAAUUUCAAUCUGUAAAGCUCUAAAUGUUCUAACCACAGCUGCCUUUUUAAUGCCAUAAAAUUGAGUUUUUUUCUUUAACAGUGAAAAUGUGCAGAUCAGAUAGAUAGAUAGAUAGAUAGAUAGAUAGAUAGAUAGAUAGAUAGAUAGAUAGAUAGAUAGAUAGAUAGAUAGAUAGAUAGAUAUGAAUAUCAUGGUAAGGGCACUGACCGUUCUAAGGUGCUGGGCAGCAGAUGGCACAGUGGCCUGUUGCCUGGACACUGUGUAUGUGGCAGCCAAAACAAACCUGGCCAACUGGUCAGUGCCGUUUGUGUGUUCGUAUGUCUGUGCACCUACUAAAAGAGUUUGUGUUUAUAUGCUUUUACCAGUUUACUACACAUAAAAUAGCGCUUGGUUUCCCUAUAAUUCAACUACAAUUAUUCAGAAAUUGUAUAGUACAUUACGUGUACAUUAUGUGUACAUGGUUCCCCAAUCCCCACCUUGUUCUUCGAGGCCCCCCAACACUGCAUGUUUUCCAUAUCACCUUAAACAAACACACCUGAUUCAGAUCAUCAGCUCAUUAUUACAGACACCACGGCUGCAUCCGAAAACUAAGGCAGCUGACUUGCUGCCUCGCUGCCAUAUCAGACUUUGGAGGCAGCGUUUUUGCUCGAAGGCACCUCAUGAAACUGAUUUUGGACAGGCUUCUGAGGCAGAGUAAGGAUUUAAUGAUCUACAGCAAAAUAUAAAGAGCUUUCAUGAUAAGGUGAUAAGUGGAUAUUUCAUUACUGCAAUGUUCAUUUCUCGCUAGAAAUGACAUCAAAGUGGAAAACGUUGAUCAAAAACAUACAUUUACACACAAACUGCACCACCGACUGCAACUUUCAAGCUUUCAUUUUUGGCUUGACUGUCACAGAAUUGAAUGCACAGGAUUGUGGGAUAUCAAAGGCAGCGAAGGAUACAUCUAAGCUGCCUUCAAAAACCGGCCAGAUAAAGGCAUCUCAGCAGACAGGAACUGAAGCUAUCAUUGAAUUCGGACGUGCCUUGAUGCCUUCCUAUCUUGGAAUGCGUCCUCCGAAGGCAGCAUUUUUCAGUUUUCGGAUGCAGCCCAAGACCUGAGAUUCAAAAUGUGCAGUGGUGUGGUGGCGAGGGGGCUUCAGGAACGUGAUUGGGAACCACUGCUUUACAUAACAGUACAUUAAAAAAAAGUUUUGAGAUUGGUCAAUUAUUUUUUGUUCAUUUCUUUUAGUGGUAGUUUGAGGAGCAGAUUUUAGAAUCAGCAUUGCACGCACAAAAAUAACAAAUCUGAGCACUUUUCAAUUGAUCAGUGACAUCUGAGCUUCCCCACUUGAAAAGCACAGACUGCCACUGUUCUGUUUGUGGCCAAGAAAUGGUUUCUUGUCCACAUGCAUUUAAAUUGUAAAGUUUCACUCUUCCAGAUUGAAGAUGUCCUCCACUCCGCUGGCUGAGGCAGAAGAGGAUGUGUUUGAUCUGACGGAGGCAGUUCCAGAGACCGAACGACUUGACAGCAGUCUACAGAAAGCCAAGGCACAACUGUCAAUCAAAACCAGGAGGCAUCGGCCCUCCCGAACCCGCCUGAGAGACAGCAUGAGCUCCAUAGAUGGAGAUGACAGCACUGAUAGAUUGAGUUAUGGCGGCUCUGUGCAGACCUCCUCUUCUCCAAUCCACCCUUCCUAUCGCUGCUCCUCCCCCUCCUCUGACCUGCUCCUUUCCUCCCCUUCCUCACGGAGAGACCGAACAUUCACCUUUGACCCCUACACUGUGGUUGGAGAAAGGGAGGCACAAGAUGAAAGACGGAGCUACAGGCACCUCCUGAACACUUCCUCUCAAGAGGCUUUGCCCCUCACCUCAUCUAAGUCUCCCUCCAGGCCCUGCGUCCAUUCAGAGACAUCUUCACCUGCCCAUCUUUGUCAGGCGGACCACCUCAAGUCACGUGAGGGCAGCCAACCCCUUCUACAUUAUGGAGAAUUCUCACAGAGCGAAGACGACAGUCAUGACACAGGCCCUGAUGAACCUGAAAGUCCAACAGUGCUGCUGGACAAGAAAACCAGGAGACGCUUUCUUGAUCUGGGGGUCACUUUACGCCGCACAUAUGGAAAGGUCAGGAAAGACAGAUCCAACAGACUAUCAGCAGGAAAUCGGGAUUCAGAGAAAACAGAGAGCCGGUCUUCGCGUUCCUCUGGUCCACCGUUUGUGCCUUUCUCCUGGUUCAGUGAAAGAUUAAGAGGUUCUGGCUCCCCCAAGAACAUCCAGUCCCCAUCCAAACCUUUCAACCAGGGCUCCAGUACUGAUGAGGAAUUUGAUUCUUCAGUCGGUUUACUGGAAGACUCCAGACCCUGCAAGACUGAGUCAUCACAACCCUAUCAGACCCUCCCUGAGCAUUCAGAUGGGAAUGACUGUGACAGCAGCCGUGGCUCCGAUUUCAGUUUUAAAAAGAAAAUGCUUUCUGCUGCUGGUAAAGAUAGGACAGAGCGACAGAACGGAGUUCACGGAAAACGGGACAGCGGGAAAAAUGGACACAGUGAAGAUGGACAAAAACUACUGAACACUUGAUGGCAUUUCUGAAAGACUAAAUACAAUACGCAGCAGGUGCCAUUAUUAAUGUCAAACAUUGCAUUGGCUUUCACAAUGUAUUAUUGAUGGAUAUAGUAAUAAAGAGAACUUGCAAAAUUUGUA